AUGACACUGAUCAAAACCAUGGGAAAUCUCAAUAUCUUGCUAUACCAUAACGAUCGCGCCCCGGACCAACAUCGAUUCCCUUCGUGGGUUCCCGAUUUUGGAAAUCCACGCUUCUCUGAGAGAGUAUUUCUUGAUAUUGAGCCUGUGAAACUUUCAGAACAGACUCAUGGGGCAAUUACUACGUCGGAGGUGUCCUUCUCGGGAAACAACACGCUCCUUCACAGCACUGGCAAGAUUGUUGGGCAAAUUAUCGACUUCCAGCCGCUACCGCAGCGGUGGCAGGAUCGUUUAACCAAAGAGACAAUGGAAGAAGCCCUCGCCUCUUUCGUAGACUUCACCCCACCGAAGUCCCGCAAGGAAGUGACUUCUCAGACUUCAGAAUUCUAUCUGAGCGAGGAUAGAGCAGCGCAUUUCGCUGUUAGUGCCUUCAGAGUUCUCUUCCUUGGAGAAAGCAAGGCUUUUGGUCAUGAUCUCGUGAAUACGGAGGCUAAGCACCUCAUCCGUCCAAAAUCUCUUUUGGAGAGAUGGACCCAGAGCAACAUCCCACCUACGUCUGAACUAUGGCUCCGAAUGUACUGGAGGUGGGCGAGGCACGCUAAAUUGGGUGGAAGCCCCGAGCUCUCAUUUCCGGAUGCCAUCAACUUAGCGAGUGCACAUGUUUUUAAUGGGUUGAAAUAUGUGUUCAGUGCUUGGUAUCGGCACAAUAAAUGUACAGAUUUCAGACCUGGUUGCUACCUUAGAUGGUUGUUCUUUGCAGCUGGCCCGAAACAGCACUAG